GGCGCGGGGACGGAGCCGUGACCCCCCACCCAGGGUGCGAGGGGUCUGCAGCGUCCCCUCCCCUCCGGCCACAGCUGGCCAGCGGUGUGGGGUUCCCCCCUCCAUCCCCGGGGUGCAGUGCCCCCCUCCCCUCCGGCCACAGCUGGCCAGCGGUGUGGGGUUCCCCCCUCCAUCCCCGGGGUGCAGUGCCCCCUCCCCUCCGGCCACAGCUGGCCAGCGGUGUGGGGUUCCCUCCUCCAUCCCCGGGGUGCAACUGCCCCCUCCCCUCCGAGCACAGCUGGCCAGCGGUGUGGGGUUCCCCGCUCCAUCCCUGGGGUGCAGUGCCCCCCUCUCCUCCGGCCACAGCUGGCCAGUGGUGCGGGGUUCCCCCCUCCAUCCCCGGGGUGCAACUGCCCCCUCCCCUCCGAGCACAGCUGGCCAGCGGUGCGGGGUUCCCUCCCCCAUCCCCGGGGAGCAAUGCCCCCCUCCCCUCCUGGCACAGCUGGCCAGCGGUGCGGGUUCCCCCUUCCAUCCCCGGGGUGUAAUGCCCCUCUUCCCUCCAGGCACAGCUGGCCAGCGGUGCAGGGUUCCCCCCUCCAUCCCCGGGGUGUAAUGCCCCUCUCCCCUCUUGGCACAGCUGGGCAGCGGUGCGGGGUUCCCCCUUCCAUCCCCCGGGGUGCAACGGCCCCUCCUCUCCUGGCACAGCUGGCCAGCGGUGCGGGGUUCAUCCCUUCCCCCAGGGCACAGGCCGACUGCAGCGCACCUGACCCUCCCCUCCAGGCACAGCUGGACAUCGGUGCUGCUGACCUCAGGCCCUGGAUGAUGAGACCUUUAUGAAGCCCAUCCCUUCACCAGUGGAUCAGCAGCAGGCUCCUUGUCAGCAGCACAAUGUGGUGUCCCAAGCAGCACUGUGUGAGGCUGAGGUGAACUCAGGAGAAAAAGACCACCCCAGCAACAGCUAGGAUGACCAAAGCAAGGCUGUUCCGCCUCUCGGUGGUGCUGGGUUCCGUCUUCAUGAUCCUGCUGAUUAUUGUGUACUGGGACAACGUGGGGACAGCUCAUUUCUACCUGCACACGUCCUUCUCCAGGCCUCAUGCCCCGGACGCUCCGCCCACCGCAGCUCAGGAUGAAGAACGCAAAGGCUUGUUGGACAUGGAUGAGUUUUUAGAGAAGCUUCUGAGUUCUGGCCUGAGGCAGAAUGGUCCCUUGAACAGAAAGACGGAGCAGGCCCCACUGCAGGGCUCCAGCAGGCCUGACUUGGGCAACCUGGAGGAGAACGUGAGAGGCUAUGACUGGUCCACUCGCAUUGCCAGAGUGAGCCUGGACCAGGAGAAGCUGCAGGCUGAGCGGCGGAGGGCACUGCGGGAGUUCUGUGCCAAUUCCAGCUUCACCUUCCCCGCUAAGGAGCGUUCCUUCGACGACAUCCCCAACUACGAGCUGAACCACCUGAUCGUGGACGACCGCCACGGCAUCAUCUACUGCUAUGUCCCCAAGGUGGCCUGCACCAACUGGAAGCGGGUGAUGAUCGUGCUGAGUGAGAGCCUGCUGGAUCAGGGUGUCCCCUACCGGGACCCCCUGGAUAUUCCCCGAGAGCACGUCCACAACUCCAGCACCCACCUGACUUUCAACAAGUUCUGGCGCCGCUAUGGGAAGUUCUCCCGCCACCUCAUGAAGAUCAAGCUGAAGAAAUACACCAAGUUCCUCUUUGUACGUGACCCCUUCGUGCGGCUCAUCUCUGCCUUCCGCAGCAAGUUCGAGCUGGAGAAUGAGGAGUUCUACCAGCGCUUUGCCAUACCCAUGUUGAAGCUCUACUCCAACCACACCAACCUCCCCACGUCUGUUAGCGAGGCCUUCAAGGCGGGCCUCAAAGUCUCCUUCCCUGACUUCAUCCAGUACUUACUGGACCCCCGGACAGAGAAGAGGGCCCCUUUCAAUGAGCACUGGAGACAGGUUUACCGCUUGUGUCACCCGUGCCAGAUAGACUAUGACUUUGUCGGGAAGCUGGAGACCCUCAACGAAGAUGCAGCUCAUCUGCUGCAGCUUCUCAAGGUGGACAGGCUCCUCCACUUCCCCCCCAGCUACCGGAACAGGACUGCCAGCAGCUGGGAGGAGGACUGGUUUGCCAAAAUUCCUCUGGCCUGGAGGCAGCAGCUCUACAAACUUUACGAGGCUGAUUUUGUACUCUUUGGCUACCCCAAGCCAGAAAAUCUUCUUAAAGACUAAAAACAAUUGGAAAUUGGAGGAGCGGGGAGGGGGAUUACCAAAAAUAUUUAAAACUUCACAGUAUCCUCCUCUUAAUCUCCCAACCCAGGAAGAUAAAAUUAAGUAUAUUUUUUCUACUCAUCCCCUUCCAAAUUUGCAAGAAUCCAGGAUACUCCAGCCAGCUGUAAAUCACCAGAAGACCCCCCUCUCCCUUUGCAAUCAGACGACUUCCUCAUUCCCUCGGUCGGCUCUGUCCUUCGGUCACUUUUUAUUAAUACUUUUUAAAAAUUAAUAUAUUUAAAAUAUUUAAUACAAAUUGUGUGUUGUGGGGAAGGAAGAGGUGGAGUAAAAAACAAAGCCCCUG